GAGUCUGAAUGGUUAAGACCUCUUAUCUGAAUUGAUCAGACAUUUGCCUCUGAAUAGUUAAGCAAUAUACUAGCUCUUAAUGGUUCAGACCUCUUACUGGUUCAGCACUUAAUGGUUCAGACCUCUUAGUGGUUCAGCACUUACCUAUUCAGAAGUUGCCAAACAGCCCCUAAAUCCACUUUCUUUAUCCAAAUUUGCUAAAUUCACUUCCACAUUUUAAUAACUUGAUAUUUUUCACCUAGGCAUUCUAGGCUCGUUGCCUUCCGUCGUCAAGUUCGCCGUCUUCCUCCGCCACGCACCACCACGAGGCGCGUCCGCCGCCACUCCCAUACGCCGUCUCCAGUUAUGGUAGGGUUACAUCUUGAUAAAAACAACUUCAUUGGAGGAGGUAUUGCUUCGGAUAUGCGAACAGAUGGUCGGAAGCGGUUAUUUUAUCGACACAUUGAAGUUGAAACGGGUGUCAUCCCUCAGGCGAGUGGUUCGGAAAGAGUCAAGAUUGGUGACACAGAUGUCAGUGUCAAGGCUGAACUUGGAAAACCAAGUCCAUGUCACCCCGACAAGGGCAGAGUUUCCAUAUCUGUAGAGUGCAGUCCCAUAGCAGAUCCGAUGUUUAAGGAAGAGGCGGCGAUGAGUUGAGUGCAGAACUGUCAACUACCCUUCAACAAUGUCUGCUUGGUGGGAACAGUGGGGCAGGUAUAAUCGGCUUUGUGAAAAACAAAAUGGCAUCAAGCGACACACAAGGGCAGACCAAUGGGUUGGAACUAUUUCCUCAUACGGUCCGUUAGGUUAAUGAUCUAAAGAUUCUUUGACGUUGUUGCAGGGGCUGCAAUUGAUAUUUCUUCCCUCUCGGAGUCUCGGUUGUGCACGCAAAAGUUUGUUGGGAUCUAUUCAUACACGGCCUGGUGAUUGAUUAUGACGGGAAUUUACUCGACGCCCUCGGUGCUGCCAUUAAGGCUGCCUUGAGUAAUACAUGUAUUCCAAGUGUUCAUGUAUCUAAUGAUGCUUCAUCUAAUGAACAUCCAGAAGUUGAUGUGAGUGAUGAAGAAUUUGUUAAAUUUGACACCAGUAGUGUCCCUGUCAUAGUCACCUUGACGAAGGUCGGGAGGCACUCUAUUGUAGAUGCCACUAUUGAAGAGGAGUCAUGUAUGAGCUCAGCCGUGUCCAUUUUGGUUAAUAGGAAAGGUCAUAUGUGCGGGUUGAGUAAACAAGGUGGCGCGGCUUUAGACCCCGCUGACAUACAUGACAUGAUAAACAAAGCACAAGCCGUGGGUGCCGAGUUGGCCGACAAAUUGGAUUCAUUGAUAGCUGCGUCCAAAGCGCGCACGGAAGAGGAAAAUGAACCUUGACAUUGUGGUUUUUACAGAGUAUGAACAAUGAGACAAGUCAUAAACUUGUAUCACUUUGUCCCUCUAUGCUGAUACAAAUUGUAGGCCAAAGGAUUUAACAGUAUGUUUGGGAACAUG